AUCGCUGCCUGAACAUCCUGCUUUUCAGUCAGAUGUUGGGAUUGGUGCAUUAAGACGAGUUCUUACAGCAUAUGCAUGGAGGAACCCUAGUAUAGGGUACUGUCAAGCUAUGAACAUUGUUGCAUCUGUUCUACUGCUGUACUGUACGGAAGAGCAAGCCUUUUGGCUGCUCGUUGCUGUCUGUGAACGACUUCUACCAGACUACUACAACACAAAGGUGGUAGGAGCUCUCGUAGAUCAAGGUGUAUUUGAGGAUCUAACAAGACUUCAUCUACCAGAGCUUUACGAUCACUUAAAGGACCUUGGGAUACUGAACAUGAUCUCCUUAUCGUGGUUUCUGACCCUUUUUCUCAGUGUUAUGCCGUUUGCCUCAGCUGUCAACAUUAUGGACUGUUUCUUUUAUGACGGAGUUAAGGUUUUAUUUCAAAUCGCCCUGGCAACGCUUGAAGCAAACAAAACGCAACUCCUAGCCGUGGAGGAUGACGGGGAGGCUAUGACUAUAUUAGGAGCAUACCUUGACCACGUGACAAAUAGAGACGCUAGUUCCCAGUGCCUUACAAUGACUGUAAAUAACCGAAGCAUUGGAGUACCGUCCACAGAGUAUUCAUCCUCUGUCGACGUAUCUAAUCUAAUCCUUGAGUCCUAUCAAAAGUUUGGCUUCAUUACAUCUGAGCACAUUGAGUCAAUGAGGAACAUCCAAAGACUGAAGGUUGUCCAGGGGCUUGAGGAUAGCAUGAGACGAAAUGUUGUAAGGACAAUCGGAGCUGAAAGCUCCAUCUUCAAUCAGAAAGAACUGGAACAGAUGUACGCUGUAUUUAAAGUGAGUCAUUUGCAAACACGUGGUCGGGUCCCAAGCCUCGAGACACGUGAUUCCAGUCAACAAUGGCAACAUUUACAAUGUAUUGAUCUAGAGGGAUUUAAACCAUUCUUCGUCAGCUUGACAGACUGGGGAAAUUGCGAGAUAUGUGAUUUAUUAUCUCUAAGAGCUUUUAAGGUGAUCACACAAGGCAAAAGUGACUUCAUUACUUUCAAACAACUCGUCGACACGCUGGGAAAAAUCUGCAAAGGCGACCUUCACGACAGGCUGAAGUUCAUGUAUAGCAUGCACGUUGAGCCCGCGAUCACCGACAGUUUAGAAUCAUACUGUGAAACAGGCAUAGAAAUCGAGGAGGGAAAGACCGAAACAUCCAGCGCCGAACAAACUGAAGCAUGUUGUGAUAAUCAAAAUAAGGAGACGCCAUUAAGCUCGAGUGCCAAGAGUAACGACAGYAAGAUACAAGAAAUCUUGCAGCAAAAUGAUGACACAGUCCAUCCGCCACCACUGAUGACCCAGGAACAGUUUAUUCAUCUAUGGAAGACAAUGUAUUCACUAUUUCGUGAAUUGCCGAACGAGCAACAAAUGUACCAAGCCAUMGCYACUGUAGGCAACAUUUUAUUAAAACUAGGCGAAUUCGGAACCGAAUACGGUACAUCCUCACCUUUUGAAAUCCCCGAAGACAACAUAGCUAAUAGCUUAGAUUCCGAGAAAUCUUCGGAAACUCCGAACCUACCCGAAGGCGUGACGACGUCUUCCGACCUGGYAUCGUCGGCCUUGUUAAAAGACGUUUUGGCCGAUGCUGCGCGAAGUAGUGAAUCGUCGUUGAGUAGCCCAGUACGAAGUACUUCGGGAGAAGACUUUGUGAUAGUACCGAGCGACGAUGGCUUCAGCAGCCCAGAACAACUUGACUUUGACAAGAAUGGUGUCAUGGAGAACUUGUCRAGUGUAUACAUAAAGUUACAAAAUACUGAACUGACUUCACCAAAYUUGAGUGUCACUGACGAGAACCCUGAAGAACAAUGCAACGAGCAAAGGACCCCAACRCAWGAAGAACCGGAAGUAGAUUUUGAUAAUGACGUCAUUGAGAGACCUUCUUCCGGUAUGCUGGACACUGAUUGGUCGAUAUCUUACGAGCAGUUUUUGGCAUCAAUGCUGACAGAGCCCUAUCUUGUACAUUAUUUUGAACAACAGAUCGAUGUACUAGAACGGUUAAAGCGCUUAAAGACUGAGGGACUAACGAGUUUUAAGAGCUCUUUGAAUUUAUUAGAAGGGGAGUAGAAAAUGUGCAGCAAUAUUGACUUUGGUUUUUUUUUUUUUGGUUAUUUUGCUUUAUUUCAUGGGGUAAACGCUAUUAAAUUUACACACUAAAACCA